AUGCAGACUAUCAAAUGUGUAGUGGUUGGAGAUGGUGCUGUCGGCAAAACGUGCCUUCUCAUUUCGUAUACUACCAACAAGUUUCCCAGUGAAUAUGUACCCACAGUAUUUGAUAAUUAUGCUGUAACAGUUAUGAUUGGAGGAGAACCAUAUACGCUUGGUUUGUUCGAUACAGCCGGUCAAGAAGAUUAUGAUAGAUUGCGUCCUCUUUCAUAUCCGCAAACAGAUGUAUUUUUAGUGUGCUUCUCUGUCGUUGCACCUUCAUCUUUCGAAAAUGUGAAAGAGAAGUGGGUGCCGGAGAUAGCACAUCACUGUAUGAAGACGCCAUUCCUGCUGGUCGGAACUCAGAUUGAUCUUCGUGACGAUCCCUCCUACAUCGAGAAAUUGGCAAAAAUCAAGCAACGACCAAUUACAUUCGAAGUUGGAGAGAAGUUAGCGAAAGAAUUAAAGGCAGUGAAAUACGUCGAAUGUUCUGCGCUCACACAGAAAGGUCUAAAAAAUGUGUUCGAUGAAGCAAUAUUGGCAGCACUGGAACCACCGGCGCAAGAGAAAAAGAAAAAAUGUACUAUACUUUAG